CAUGGUAACGUUUUAGCAGUGAAACAUUUGUAUGCAUGUAUCUGGGAAAAGAGAAUUACAGGACAGGCACAGGGAUAGUGACUGGUUGAUUGAAUUGACAAUGAAGGGCGUUGAAGGAGGAAAGGUGUGUGAGGAAUUUACUCCGAAAUAUUUUGGGGUCUGUUUUCUGGGUGGUAUGCUUAGUUCUGGCACUACUCAUCUCGCUAUCACUCCUCUCGAUGUGCUCAAAGUCAACAUGCAGGUGAAUCCUGUUAAAUAUACUAGCAUUCCAUCUGGGCUUGCCACCCUUUGGAAAGAAGAAGGACCUCAUUCUCUUUGGAGAGGAUGGUCUGGCAAGUUGUUUGGGUACGGUGUUCAAGGGGGUUUCAAAUACGGUAUCUACGAGUACCUCAAGAGUGUUGGUUCUGAUGUCUUCGUCGAUUGUAACCGCAAUUACAUCUUCUUACUCAGCAGUUCUGUUGCUCAGCUUUUAGCUGAUGUCACCCUUUCACCUUUCGAAGCUGUUAAAAUCCGUGUUCAGAUCCACCCUAAUUUCGCUAAGGGUUUGGCUGAUGGCUUUCCUCUUGUUUACAAAAACGAAGGUCUUGCUGGUUUCUACAGGGGCCUUAUUCCAUUGUGGAGCCGCAAUCUUCCUUUCAACAUUGUUAUGUUUUCAACAUUUGAGCAUACGGUGGACUUAAUAUAUAGCAGGAUCAUCCAAAGAAGGAAGGAGGAUUGUUCCACAGCACAGCAACUUGGUGUGACAUGCUUCGCAGCCUAUACAGCUGGUGCUGCUGGCACAAUAAUUUCCAACCCUGCUGACAAUGUUAUGACCAGUCUUUAUAAGAAAAAGGCUGAAUCUGCAAUGCAAGCUAUCAAGAACAUUGGGUUUGUUAAUUUGUUCACUAGAAGUCUUCCUGUACGUAUCGCACUCCUAGGUCCAGUUGUUACCUUGCAGUGGUUUUUCUAUGACGCCAUAAAAGUGCUUUGUGGACUGCCUACCAGUGGAGGGCUUCCGAGAGACCUGGAAAAAGCUAAGUCGUAGCUUGUGCUCAAGUAUCUAUAUAUGGUUCAGUCAGUCUUGUUAGUGUCUGAAUUAUUUUUUGAUACCAUUCAUUUUUUUUCUAAGGAUUAUUUACAAUUUGCUGUCCAAACUUGCACAUGCUGAUAUGCAGCACAGUCUCAAAUAAAAAGUUGUAAGAAUAAGUGACAUUUGUUCACCCCAAACUCACAGGAAUUUUGUUUCCAUAACAGAGUUACUAUCUUUAAGAAUA